GCUCUUCUUAGACUUUCUUCUCGACCACUGCUUCCCUUCUCCUCCCUCAAGAUGGCCCACGUCGUCGACACGCUGGAUGCACCUUCGUCAUAUCGAGACUCGCGCAGCACAAUCAGCCGACAUGAGCAGCAGGCCCAGCUCGAGACGACAGCAACGCUGUACAUCGGUAAUCUGAGCUUCUUUACGACGGAGGAGCAGAUGUAUGAGCUCUUCUCCCGCGUGGCCGAGCCGUCUCGAGGAGGCGGGAUUCGCCGAAUCAUCAUGGGUCUGGACCGCAACAACAAGACGCCAUGCGGCUUUGCCUUUGUCGAAUUCUAUACGCAUGCAGAGGCCGUCUCGUGCAUGCGCCUCAUCUCUGGCACCAAGCUCGACGAGCGCAUCAUCCGGUGCGACCUCGAUCCGGGCUACAAGGAGGGCAGGCAGUACGGCCGAGGCAAGUCCGGUGGACAGGUCCGAGACGAGUACCGGCAAGAAUUUGACAGCGGUCGGGGAGGAUGGGGUCACAAUCGGCAACGAGAGGAGGAAGAACGGAGGCUGGCAGAGGAGAUGGAGGCCAGGAGAAGGAGGGCCCACGAGGAGGUCUAUCAAGAGCAGGAGAGGGAGCAGGGCGGCAGAAUCGUGCCGUCAGGAGCAGAGGGCACCUACAUCGAGCAGGACUCAGAGCAGAGGGGAGCAGCUGCGAUGGCGGCCAACGGGGCACCAGAGCCGGGACCUGCUGCUUCCAAGAGGUCCAGGGACGAGAGCGACGAGCCGGAGAAUGCCAGCAAGAACCCACGCUUCAGAGAAGGUCGCGACGAGGACGAAGACGAGGAGGCGGGUCCGUGAGAUGGUCCGUCAGAAAAAUAACAUUGAUUUGUCACCACAUGAAGCGCUGCUGCUCGGCUGAAUCGGGCCACUUGAAAGGUUUCUUUAGAAAGAGGUACAGUGUGGCUGCAUUGAUGGCGACCAUCCAUGCCGCUUCCGCAAGCAGGGCGGGCGAGGGAGCCGAGGCUGGUCUUUGAGCCUCAUCUUCAGGUUUGUCGACCGAGGAAGAACUGCUU